AUGCCUAUCCAAUGGGUUGACACAGCAGAGCCCAGAGUGCCCACCACACUCCCAACACUCAUCAAGUCCUAUAUAGACCCUGAAGACCCUUCAAUUGCAGCCCACAAUAUGCUACGCUUAGCAGGUCUCCUCUUGCUAUCAAAUCACCUAUCAGAUGCCCACAAAAUUGCCUCAGGAGUGUUUCGAUCGGGCAAAAAUAUGCUCAAAACGGACGAUAACCAGGUCAAUCUCCCACUAUACACCCCGAAUUUCCUCGAAAUAUUCUGGCAAGAAAAUAAAGAAACUUUCCCACGACCAGAAGACGCACCAAAGCCCAAUCGCGGCCCGCUUGACAAACAUCUCGCAAAUGAACAAUGGGGCAAAUACCGCGAAUGCACCCGCACAGGCUGGAUGCUAGAUCGCUACGGGCUCGCCGAGCCAGAAGAGCCAUCCAUAUGGCGCGAUACAGAUGAUCCCAAGCUGAUGGCAAUGUGUGCUAGACUUCUAGCGAAAACGACUACACCAGGAACGUAUCCGUCUCAGGAUAAAAUGCGGGAAGCCCUUGCCGCUGGGCAGAAGCUUUACGCUAUACCUGAAAUUCCUGUGUGCGAUUGGCUAUUGCAGAAAUCUAAAAGCAUACGGCAGUCUUCGCUUUUGUACCGGAGGCUCAUUGCGGAAAUGGCGAUCCGCGUCGGAGAACCUCAGACAGCGGCGGAGGUGUUGAGUCAGGCUUUGGAGGUGGAUGGAUUUGUGAAUGGGGGUGAAUUGGAAGAUUUCCUUAUGAUCCCUGGUAUAUAUGAUGUUUUGCCUUUGCUGGCCCAGAGUGGGAAGGAAAGCAAUCCGUUUUACAUCCCCAAGGCCGAUGCUGAGAUUAUGGCGAAGGAGAUUGUUGAUGCUUUGGAGCUGCGGAGCAAAUAUGGGAGGCAAUGGGCGCUGGAUGAGUCUCGGGUUGGAUGGAGGGAGCUUUUAGAUCGGCUUGCUGAGGGUGCCUUCAAGGUGCAUCCUAAGGAAUAUCGAGGCAUGGGAGUGACAAGAGCAGAGGAGAUCCUGUAUGAUCCUGCCACGGAGAAGGAGAUUAAGGCAGCUGAGAAGAAGGUGGGAAAAUUGCCGGAUGACUUCAAAGAGAUGAUCCGAGUGGCGAACGGAUUCAAGGGCGGAUGGCAUCUUUUCGGGGGAGGCAUAGCUGGUAUUCAAUACAUCGACAUUGCCGACUCGGAAUCGGAGAACUCUUGGGAUAGCUAUACCCAAGAAGACGACGAGAUCUUGAAUUCUAGUGAUAUCAUUGAGCUACAGACAGGGUCAGACUGUGAUGGAUUCUAUCAUUAUUACAUGCGACCCAGAGCAUGGAAUGUGGAUGAAGAGGAUAAAGACAACAAGUAUAGAUACUGGAAUUGGGCCCCUUGGAGGGGUGGCAUAUCUCGGUAUAACUCAUUCAGAGAUUAUGUUGCAGACUGUGUGGAAACGGUAGAGAAGAUGCUUGAGCUAGGUGAGAAGGAGGAUUGUGACGAGGAAGAUGAAAGCGAGGUAGAUGAAAGUGAGGAAGAUGAAAGCGAGGAAGAUGAAAGUGAGGAAGAUGAAAGCGAGGGUUAG